AUGGUUCAAGACAUGAUACAUCAGCUCAUCAACGGCCUCGUCAAUGCACCCUUCCCAGGUUCGGCGGCUGCCAACAACAUCUUGCCUACGAUGUCGGGCAUUACAGAGUUUGCUGACUAUGGUGGCAUGACCUCACGACCGCAGAAGCCUGUACAGAUCACCAGCACAGCCAUUGCGAUGACCUCUUCUACACUGCCGCCCACACCAAUCGCGAACGAAAGGGAAGCGCCGUCAUCGAUACCAGGCGGGCUGAGUCGGUCAUCGGGCUACUUUUCCUUCCCAGAUUGGACAGCCUUAGACACCGCGGAGGAGAAGAGGAAAGAGGACGCCAAAGCUGAACGAGAUGCGACUCCGGCGUCUCAACAGGAUGAGCAACAUGCUGAGGAGGAUCCCGAAUGA